UAAAAUAAAAAAUAGAACUAGGAUAACAAACAAAGUUUCUGUGUUCAUACCAUAUAAUAUGACAUGACACGAUAGAUAUCUCUUAUUCAACAUGUCACUCUCACACAGUUCUAAGUAACAUCAUCAUCUCUUCUUGGAAACUCAAAUGAAAGAUUCUCCUGCAAAAGUUUUCAAGAAAGCUUGUAAACAAGAUCUUUUUUCUCUGGCUCCUAUGGCAGGGUUGAACUUUGAAGCUGAAUAUGUUGAUAGCUUUGAUGUUCUCAAAGUUUUUGCAGCCCAUGGUGUUGAAUUUCUCCUAUCUUCUCAAGGAAAGGUACCUUUGUUAGAUUGCAAUGGAAAAAUCAUCUGUCUAUUUUUCUCUGCCAACUGGUGUAGGCCUUGCAAACUUUUCAUUCCUCAUCUUGUUGAUCUUUAUGAGACACUGAGGAAGAGAGGGGUAAAUAUAGAGAUUAUCUUCGUCUCUUUUGAUCGCGACGAGGACGGAUUUAAAGAACACGUCGAGAGUAUGCCGUGGCUAGCGGUUCCGUUUGAUGUGAAUUUGCAUAGGAAGCUUAUUGAUAGAUAUAGGAUUGAUCGAAUCCCGUCGUUCAUUCCGUUGUGUUCUGAUGCUUUAACUGUUGAUGAAAAAGUGAUUGAGUGGAUUGAGGAUUAUGGUGCUGAUGCGUUUCCUUUCACAAAGAAGAGACAUGAGGAAUUGAAGGACUUAGAUAGAAGAAAACGCGAAGAAGUUGAUUUGCAAGAAUUGUUGACACGGGAGGGACGCGAUUUUCUUAUUGCGGGAGAUGAUAGAAAGGUGGUUGUAUCUGAACUAGCCGGGAAAACGGUAGGCCUAUUUUUCGGCGCGUAUUGGUCUCCUCCUUGUCGUGCCUUCACGGUUCAACUCACUGACGUAUACAAUAAUCUGAAUGAUACGAAAGGUCGCUGCUUCGAGAUUGUUUUCGUUUCAACAGAUAAGGACCUGAAAGAAUUCAAUGUUAGCAGAACUAGCACGCCUUGGCUUGCUAUCCCGUACGAAGACAGAACAAGGCAUGACCUUUGUAGAAUCUUCGACAUAAAGAAAAUUCCAGCUUUGGUCAUCAUUGGACCAGAUGGUAAAGUCGUUAGUUUGAACGGUAAGUUUAUGGUCUCCUCGUACGGCGCGGAAGCUUUCCCGUUUACCGAAUCGAGGGUUAAAGAUUUAGAAUCGGCUCUGAGAAAGGAAGGAGAGGCUUUGCCUCAACAGGUUCAGGACGUGAAGCAUGAACAUGUACUCAAAUUGGAAAUGGCGAAAGCGUAUGUAUGCGAUUCUUGUAAGAAACAGGGAAAGUUUUGGUCAUUCUUUUGUGAUGUUUGUGACUAUGAUCUUCAUCCAAGUUGUCUUGAGAAGGUCAACAAAGACUAAUGUUGGUAGAGAAUAGAAUCACACAAGAUUGCAACAAGUUAUACUCUAUUGUAUGAUAAAUUUAGGCAAAACCCCUUCCUUUAAAAGGUGUAUGGGACAUAUUUAUAGCAUGCUUGUAUGAUAAAUUUGAUACAUAUACUAUAUAAUUUAAACCA